AUGUUAACAGACGAAGAAAUUAAACAAAAGCAGGCGCGCAUAAAAGAAAAUCGUGAAUUAAGAAGAGCACUUAUCGAUGAACGACAUAUGUAUCUCGUGGCAAUACUGGAAAGAUAUUUUGGAAGUGAUGCAAACACAAUAUGCGAUUGGCUGUUGGAUACUAAUCAACUAGAAGCUAUGCAAGAUUUUUUUGCUAAGGGGAAAAAUAAAGCCUUAUUCGUUAUCCAAACUGAUCUUGGCUAUAUGAAUCCUAGAUCCAAAGAUACAUUUCGAAUUUUAAAGAAACCAAGCAAAGGUGUCAAGCGUUUGUACUUCCACUCGGGAACAUUUACAUUUUCCUCCGAUACUGUAGUCUUCCUUCGUUAUGAUAACAAAUAUGAAAUCACAAUGAAAAAUAUAGCAAAUGAUGUUUUUACAAUGAAGUAUGAUGUACGUGAAGGAUUUUUAACUCCAUUUAAAGACUGCGUGGAAUCACUCUUCUAUCCAGCUUUAUCAGUACAAGAUUCGUAUUUGGGCAAUUUAUCUAAAGAGGAACAGUAUGCCUACAAUGAUUUUGUUAAUGCCUAUGUUAGAAGUUUAACUACUAUAAUUGCCUGUUCAAAAGAGCAAGUUGUCUUGGCGCCAUCUAAAUUACCAGAUAAUCUACAAAAUGCAGAUGCAGAUUAUCUAAUACAAAUGAGUACACAUCCAGAUGUAUUGAAUCAUUUAGAAGAAAAUGCAUCAUAUUGGAUGAAACAAAUUGAAAAGGAGGUUAAAGAAGUUGAACUGUUACGUGUUGAACGAGAACACAAUGGCCCACAUGGAGAGUUCGACUUCUGGAAGUGUCGAAUGACACGAAUGAAUUCUCUGGUUAGUCAACUACGACGAACAGAUAUAAGCAAUGUGUUAGCAGCAUUGAAACAUGCACGUUCCAAAGCUUUGGAUGAUCUGAUGAAGAAGAAAAUGCCAAAUUUACUGAAAGCGUUAGCACUGAUCUAUCAACAUUCAACGUUUUACAAUACCUUCUCUCAUAUGACUAUUCUAUUCGUUAAGAUUUCGAAUCAAAUCAUUUCAACCUUCAAAUCUUACUUAACAAUGCAUCAUACAAAAUCAAUUUGGGAUCAAGAUAGUAAAGUUAUUGUUAGUAAAAUGGAAAAAUGCAUUGAAUUAAAUCUAUCCUAUCAAGAGGCUUAUAAACGUACAAGUCAAGAAAUGAAUGAUGCUAAUGCCAAUAGAAUGUUCAACUUCUCUGAAGUACAAAUAUUUGGCAAUAUCAACUUGUUUACACAAAGAUUAGGCUAUCUAAUACGUGUUAUAAAAACUUUGGAAGAAUACUCAGCUCUACGAGAUUUUGUUCUUGAAGGCAAAGAUGUAAUUAUAUCAAAACUGGAUCGUAUUCACUCAAAUAUUAUUUCUAAAAAUUACAAUUACCUUGACCAACGUAAUCAGCAAUUUGAAAGUGACUAUGAAGAUUUUAAAAAUAAAAUAUCUGAUUUGCAUGUUCAAUUAUUAUCAACUAUAAAUGCAUACUUUAAGAAACCAGUCGAUUUACUUGCACGCAUUAAAUUACAAGAACGCCUGGAAACACUCGACAUAGCUGAAUUAGAACAUGCUGAAAGAUAUAAGAGUAUUUGUUUAAGUUUAAAGAAUGAAAUUAGCAAUAUCUCACGUUUAUUCAAGAGUGGGCUGAAUGAUCCAAGUUUAGAGAGAAAUAUGCCACCGUUCGCAGGGCGAAUAAUUUGGGCACGUUCAUUUUAUUAUCGUCUUGAAGAACCAAUGAAUACGAUAUGCAAGCGUGCACCAAAAGUUUUGCUUACAGAAAGUGGACAAGAACUAGUACGUGCCUAUAAUGAGGUGACAAGUACACUGGUCAGUUAUGAAAUUACAGUCUAUCAGACAUGGGUUAAACUGUUAACCAAAAAGAUGACUGGGCUUAUGUCCUCUGUGAUUGUAUUUUCGAGAGAACCAGAACCAUUCGGUAGACCCUAUGUGAAUUUAGAUCCUGAUAUUGUUGGUGUCUUGCAUGAAAUUCAAUGUCUGGAUGAAUUUCAAUGUCCUAUUGUUAAAAUGGCUGAAGAAUUCUGGUAUAAAUCAGCAAAACUGAAACAAAACUGUGAAAUGUUGAAAUUAAUGUGUAAUGAAUACGCUCGGAUAACAAAAAUGAUUCCACAAAAUGUUGAACAAUUACUGUUGCCUACAAUUCAGAUUAUUUUAAAAACCAUAGAACCUGGUAUAGCAUUGCACAACUGGACCAGUGUUAAUCUAAAAGCGUAUACAGAGUCCGUAUUUAAAGAAUUAUAUCGCUUAGAAAGAAUAUUAAUCCAAUCGAAUGAAAUACUCGAAUAUCGUAUCAUGCGUGUCAUCAAGCGUAUAGCUCAAUUUGAAAUGAUCACUCUACCGGAUGAUCCAAAUUCCCCGUUAGAAAUGAUGGAAUUAGUGCGUCAAACGAAACAACAAUGCAAGAAAGCUGCCGAGGAGAUUGACUCAUUGAGUUUAAGCGUUAUGCAAUCGGCGACAGAUUAUAUUGAUGCUUUAUUGGUCGAUUUUGAAGCAUACAUCACCCGAAACAAUAUGCGGACACAAGUUUUAGAAGAGCUGAGAAUAAAACAUCUGCUUACUGAAGGUACACAGGAACAAGGCGGUAAACUAGAAACUCGUAAACCAGUCAUCAGCAUCUCUGAAGAUGAAGAAAAGUCCAAGAAAGAAAAAGAAGUAGCUGACGAAGAUACAUCGAUUUUACCUCAAGGUGAAAAAUUUCCCGGACCACAGGAGACAAUGUCCCAGCAAGAACAACAAACCACGUCAACCACUGUCCGAUUAAGCCCUAUUAAGCAAGCUAGUUUAAGACUCGCUGUACAAAUUGCCUAUGCUGCAGAUGAAGUGAAAACCCAGUUAGGUCAACAGACUACAGAUGCUGUUUGUCAAGCUGUUCGUUCAGCAUUAGAUAAAUUAUGGAAUAUUAUGGCAACUCGAGAGGCUUCAAUGGCACUGAAAGAUGUUCCAGUUGGGAAAACUGUCAAGUUCACUGCAGAAAAACCAAUUCCUCUGGUACGAUGUUACAUACGUAUCAUUGGGCAUACACUGGAUGUCAGUCCAAGACCGCAUGAUAUUCAAGCAGCCUUGAAAGCGAUGGUGAAUACAGCAGAAACUUGUACCAAGGGUAUAAUAUCCUGGGGUAAAGAAGGCUAUUAUGGUAUAUCGAAAAGACGUAGUUCAUUGACUAUUGAAGACACUGAAGCUGCACAUGCUAAAGUGCUAAAGCCAAAAGUGAAUAAAACACAACGCAGUGGAAGUCAAUCACAGUCGGUUGGAUCUCGUCAGGAACAGCUAAGAAUCCCUCUAUCGCCUGCACAAGAUACCGAUGCUGGUAGCAGCGGUGGUUCACAAGCAUCAGCAGUACAGAGGAAAUCUGACACAGGAGUCUUUCAAACAGCCUCAGAAGAAGAAGCAGCAGUUCCUACGCAAAGAAUAAGUAUUGGAGCUGCAAGUGUAGGACAGCCAGGUGCACAAUUAUUGGCUUCUAGUGGAGCAAUGGGUACAAGUGGUUCUUUGUGUGGUAGUUCAGGGACGACUACAUCCAUGGAAGGUGAAACAACAAAAAAGACGGGGAAGAUGUCGAUUGUCUACGAUAUUCGAGGAUUAAUGCCAUCGGAUUUGCAUGAACGAACAAAUAACUGUUAUCGUGAUGUACACACUGACCGUGAAGUGUAUCGUUUACGGACAUUUCUACUGAGUAGUAUGCUGCAAAUGAAAAAAAUUCUCUUCUGCCCAGAUGUUGCUCAUUUCUUCACUAUAGUUUCCUUUUCUUAUCUACAGAUUAUCAAGAAGGACUAA